AUGGCCACCGAAGCUAAGUCUGGCCCCAAGGUCUUCUUGGCCUCCAACGACUCGGCCACUAUUGAAGUCGACCGUGUCGUCGCUGAGCGUUCAAUGCUCAUCAAGAACAUGCUCGACGAUCUUGGCGAUGCGAACAUUCGUGAGGACAACCCGAUCCCAAUCCCCAACGUCAACGAGGCUGUUCUUCGCAAAGUCAUCGAAUGGUGCGAACAUCACCGCAAUGAUCCUCCCCAGGCCCAGGAUGACGAGUCUGAUGGCCGACGACGUACCACCGACAUUGAGGAGUGGGACCAGAAGUUCAUGCAGGUCGAUCAGGAAAUGCUUUUUGAGAUCAUUCUUGCGUCCAAUUACCUCGACAUCAAGCCUCUCCUUGACGUUGGUUGCAAAACCGUUGCCAACAUGAUCAAGGGCAAGUCACCCGAGGAGAUCCGCAAGACUUUCAACAUUACCAACGAUUUCACCCCGGAGGAAGAAGAACAGAUCCGCCGAGAGAACGAGUGGGCCGAGGACCGAUAA